AUGACCACCCAGCCGAUUGAGAAGAAUACACAACGUAUCCCUGACACACAACCCGUUUCCAAUGUUCUCCGACCUAAGCCAGAAGGCGAGAUGACAGAGUCUGUCCUGCACUGGUUGCCCCAGAAAGGGGCAGGGCCCACAUUGGUCCCCCAGGAUAAUGGCACAUAUAUGUGCAAUACCUGCGAUUCCUGGGCCAAGAACCACAAGGGCGAACGGCAUUGGAACUCGGAUGGGUCAGAGUCCAAGGAUAGGGUCUGCCAAUGUCCUGGUUGUCCCAAGAAGGGCGCCGGUGUCUCCUGGGCAAAAUGGCCAGAUGGGAACCAUGCUUGCCGCACAUGCUGGGAGUAUCGGGGGAAGAACCCGGACGAUUGGCAAAACCACGACCACUCGCUAUUCAGAAAACGAUGCCGCAAAUAA